UUCUUCAACAAUCAUACAUAUAUAUACACACACAAAAAAAAAGAAACGAGAGAGCAACGAAAAGAAGAAAGGAACCAAAUGGAUGGUUUGAUUCCUAUGGCGUUUAAGGCUAUGAAGAAAAACAUGACUCGUCGGCGUUACGAGUGUCUCUCUUCCUCAGCCGGCACCACUAAAGGGUACUCCUACGACGACUACGACCACUUCCCUUUCGCCGCUAAACCUGAUCACUCCGUUGUAUCUCAACCUUCCUCGUCUUUUGACCAUAUAGAGAUGAAAAACGUUGGUGUUCAACAAUGUCACCGCCGUGGCUGGUCGGUUGGAGAUUUCUCUUCUAUGUCUUGUCGGGAAGGUAGAAGAUCAUCUGGCGCCGACGGUGGCGGAGAUAUCGGUUGUUCCCCGUCACGGCGAGGACAGCUUGUGAGGAAUAGAAGCCAUAGAUUGUUCUCUUGUGUCUCAGGUGAAUAAUUUAUCCAUCCAAAGAAUUAAAUAAAACUAAACAAAAUGUUUAUUUGCAUGAUCUUGUUUUGUGUUAUGAUGGGUGAAAGUCUGAAGUCGUCGGGGGAAAGAAUGCAAAUUUUGUACUUCCGGGUGAUUUUCCGAUAUUGAUGUGUAAAGUUUUGGGGUUUAGUUUGAUAUUUACAUUAA